UUUUGGGGCAGGCGUGGACUGAAGGAAGGUGAAACUACUUGAACGAUCUCACGAGAAAAUAUGAGAUUUUCCUGAUUAUUGUUUACAUUGCAAAAACGUGAGAUCCGAACCGAAAUGAUCCGGAUUCAGCUGAAACGCUUCCAAAAGCACAACUUCCGAAAACAGAUGUCGUUUUGAUCCUUUUUGCAGCUCGGAAGGAAACUGGUGUCGAACUUUGUUUUGAUCGAGCUGAAAAGCCAGCACCCUAAAUUCACCGCACCACUGGGGGAGACAAAUAUAGGGGGUAACUACACUAGCUCAAAGACAUUAUUUAUACCUGCCGAAAAGCGCAAAUUCUCCAGGGUCGCCAUUGUGUGGAGCGAGAUACACCAGACCACAGUGCGGUAUGACCCUCGGAGCGAGGGACAUGAUGGGGAUCCCCGCUUAAGGAGCGCAGAAAGGCGGGUUUGGGAGACCCGGAGUUUUGUCGAGGCCUCCGCCGGAAUCCUCCGUGGUCUACCUGAAGCUGCUCAGCGGGCGUCCGCGUCUCGAUCGUCAACAACCAGCACGCGAGGGACGUGGCUUUGGAUGCGGCCUAGUCUGGGAGGGUCUGCCGAGCACCGGUGAGACAACGCAGACGGUUUCAGCGACAACAGCCCCAGAAAACUGAGAAAAUCUUAACUACACCAUGAUGGAAGAACUGCACAGCCUGGACCCCCGGCGACAGGAGCUGUUGGAGGCUCGCUUUACGGGGGUUGGAGUGAGUAAGGGCUCAGGUCAGAGUCAGAAUGAAUCAUCCAAUCAGAGUCUGUGCAGCUUGGGUUCACUUAGUGACAAAGAGCUGGAGACUCCAGAGAAAAAGGCGAACGAGCAGAGAGUCAGAAAACGCAAAGCGGACCACUUUGACAGCAGCCAAGGCAAAGCAGGAGCGAGGGGGCUUAAAAUUAGCGAUUAUUUUGAGUUUGCGGGAGGUAGCGGUCCUGGUACCAGCCCUGCUAGGGGAAUUCCACCAGUGGUCCGCUCUUCCCCACAACACUCUCUGUCCAACCCUCCCGUCACGGUGCAGCAAGGAAGCCCUUCGUCCAUCAGCUCUGUCAACAUGGAGCUCUCCACAUGUGCGAUGAAGCCCGUCGUCCUUCACAUGCUCCACAAAACUACACAGUCCGACCUUACUUUAGAGAAACUAACAGCCCUGGAGAACAGCAAGAACUCUGACCUGGAGAAGAAGGAGGGCCGAAUAGACGAUUUGCUGCGGGCGAACUGUGAACUCAGAAGGCAAAUCGAUGAGCAGCAGAGGAUGCUGGAACGAUACAAGGAACGCUUAAACAAAUGUGUGACCAUGUCCAAGAAGCUGCUGAUUGAAAAAUCCAAGCAGGAGAAAAUGGCUUGCCGGGAUAAAAGUAUGCAGGAUAGACUUCGAUUGGGCCAUUUCACUACAGUAAGACACGGCGCAUCCUUCACUGAGCAGUGGACAGACGGAUAUGCGUUCCAAAACCUUAUCAAACAACAAGAGAGGAUCAACUCUCAGCGGGAGGACAUCGAGAGGCAGAGAAAGCUCCUAGCCAAACGCAAGCCGCCUUCCAUGGCCCAGACUCCGCCGCCGAGCCUGGAGCAAAACAAACGCAAAAGCAAGACCAAUGGGACAGAAAGCGAAACGUACAGCACUUUUUCUUGCUCUUCUUUUCCUCGACGUUCGAAACGCGUCGACAUGUUUGACGGUGCGCUGAGGUUUGUUCUGUCUUCUCCCAGGUUAUCGCAGGCGGAGUACCACGAGCAAGAAGAAAUCUUUAAAUUAAGAUUAGGGUACCUUAAAAAGGAGGAAGCUGAGAUCCAGGCAGAGCUGGAGAGGUUGGAGCGAGUGAGAAACCUUCACAUACGUGAGCUCAAAAGGAUCCACAAUGAAGAUAAUUCCCAAUUCAAAGAUCAUCCUACGCUAAAUGACAGAUACCUGCUGCUCCAUUUGCUCGGGCGAGGAGGUUUCAGUGAAGUUUACAAGGCCUUUGAUUUAACAGAGCAAAGGUACGUUGCCGUUAAAAUCCACCAGUUAAACAAGAACUGGAGGGAUGAGAAGAAGGAAAAUUAUCACAAACAUGCGUGCAGAGAAUAUAGAAUCCAUAAAGAGCUGGAUCACCCACGGAUAGUUAAACUCUAUGACUACUUUUCACUUGACACUGACUCGUUUUGCACGGUGCUGGAGUACUGCGAGGGCAACGACCUGGACUUCUACCUGAAGCAGCACAAGCUGAUGUCGGAGAAGGAGGGACGCUCCAUCAUCAUGCAGAUCGUCAACGCCCUCAAGUACCUCAACGAAAUUAGACCUCCCAUUAUCCACUACGACCUUAAACCCGGUAAUAUCCUGCUUGUGAAUGGCACUGCCUGUGGUGAGAUUAAGAUAACAGAUUUCGGCCUUUCGAAGAUAAUGGAUGACGACAGCUACAACUCUGUAGAUGGGAUGGAGCUGACCUCACAGGGAGCGGGAACAUACUGGUAUCUGCCCCCAGAGUGUUUUGUGGUUGGCAAGGAGCCACCGAAAAUCUCCAAUAAAGUCGACGUUUGGUCCGUGGGUGUCAUUUUCUACCAGUGUUUAUACGGCCGUAAGCCUUUUGGUCACAACCAGUCUCAGCAGGACAUCCUGCAGGAGAACACGAUCCUGAAGGCCACAGAAGUUCAGUUCCCCCCAAAACCUGUAGUCUCACCUGAAGCCAAGGCCUUUAUAAGGCGCUGUCUGGUCUACCGUAAGGAGGACCGCAUCGAUGUUCACCAGCUGGCCAGUGACCCCUUCCUAAUGCCCCACAUCCGCAAAUCAGUGGCUUCCUCGGGCAGCUCCGGCACGGCCGUGGCCUCCACAUCCAGCUCCUCCAACAGCAGCGCCUCAAACUGAGCUCAUGCCCCUCAAACGACUGACCGGAUCAUUCGAUUGGACGGGGGACGGCUCCCCCGUUCUAACAGCAUCUCACCUUGCCAUGGAGAGUUGGAGGGAAACUGGUCGGAUGGCAGCAUGGGGUGGGUGAGAAGUCAAGGAGGGGUUGGGAACGGAUACUGUCACCUCCACAACCCUCCGAUGUCCAUCCACCCCAGCCCACCCGUCCUGGCAUUGUUCCGGGGGUCAAAGCCCUGGAUGACUCGCGCUGCGAAGGGUCGGGUUUUCGGCACUGUGUUGGUGAAAAGUGAGUUUCGUGUUUCUGAUGUUCCUUUUUCUGCUUAAAAAGAGAAAAUAAAACCACGUAUUGAACCGCUUCAGCUCGGCCAGAUGGAACGGACUGCAGAAGGCCUCAUUGUCAUAUACUCUCUCACACAUACACACACACACGCGCAUGCGUGCAUGAGCCUCUCUGGCCCAAGGUAGUCAGAACCUCACAAACAUGAACAUUUUGUUUGCUCUUAUCUCCCUGAAGCUAAACGAGCGAGCGAGCCAGUCUGGGCCGUUACUGUUUGGAACCCUCAACGGCGCCGCGGCGCCUGAUUCUGUUUAAAUUCAGACCCGCGUAGUUUCUCCACGAGGGACGACGAAGCCGUCCCUCACAUCUAGUCAAACUCCUGUGACCAAAGCUUUUAACUUCCAGCUGGUGGCAGUGUUCCACCUGUUUUUAUAACGAAUGGUUUUAGAGCUGUGCUGCUUGACAUGGAGCGGAAGCUGCUUGAGGAUUGACCCAAUUUUUACGGAAAAGAUCUGUUCAUGUAAUUUAGUUCAUGAAGAAAACAGUUGUUUUCAUGUUGCCUUUAAUUAGAAUUGUUACUGUUUUGGGCAACCCACAACCCCCUGCCUCUGUGCUCCCUUUUUUUUUUUUUUUUUUUUUU